AUGAGCAAGCGCGGGGGAGUGAUCCUGCCCUGUGGGAACCUGCCGGCGGAGUUCUCCACAUCUCGUUCUGUGCCGCACUCUUGCGGUCCGAGGACGUUCGGCACCUCGGAUGCCGGGCUCGAGGAGCCGUGGAUGAGCUACCCGCCACAGGAGCGCGAGCUCUGGGAGCGCGUCCGGCCGCGCCAGCUGCGGCGGGAGGCCGCCCAGGUGAGGGCGCUGCGGCUGCCCACGGCAGGCCUCGCGCGCCUGAUGCGGGUGCACCCCGCGGUGCAGGGCCGCUCGCCGGAGGCGAUGGAGGUGCUGAACGCCUCCACGGUGCUGAUCCUCCAGGCGGUAGUCCGCGCCGCACUGCGCGGCAAGGGCCCUGGCCACGGGCUGCGGUUCGAGGACGUCCGGCAGGCGUGCCUUGGCGCCAAGGAGCUCGGCUUCCUGCACCCCCUCAGCCACACCCUGGACGCCUCCACGUUCACAACGCGCAGCGCGGCCGUGGACCUGGACGUUGACGAGGCCGGCAACGCCGUGAAGCGGUCCUUGGGCGCCCCGCCGAAGCCGCUCGGUCCUGGCCAGCGCGUGCUGGGCGCCGCCAUGUUCGCAAAGGCGACCGCCACCGUGCCCGCCGUGGGCGGUGCCGCAGUGGGGGGCGACACCGCCGAUGCCGUCCAGGAGGCCGACGAGGACGAGGGCGCCGGCGGGGAGGGUGCCGGCGCGGCCGAGGCGGGCUCGGUGCGCGUAGGCGGCAGCGGCGGGCUGAAGGAGGGCGGCCCCGACGGGGUGAGGGCGCCCGAGCCGGUGCAGGAGGAGGAGCCAGGGGGGCCAGCCGCCAGGAGGGGCAAGGCGCCGGGCAAGAAGCUCGGCGGGCGCCGGCUUCCGCUCAGAAGGCCCCGGCGAAGGCCCCGCGCAGGGGCAGCGGCCUCGCGGCGCCCCCUGCGGUUGGCGGCCUCGCGGCGCUGUUCCGCGCGGGCGCGGGCUGAGCUCGUCGUGGCGAAGGCAUGGGCGCCGCGGCACUCGGCAGGC